AUGCCUGUCCCCACAUGCGUUGACCAGUCGUUUGCUGUAAAAGAUCCGGGUGUGGUAUCAGUGGAUGUGUCAGAGGAAAAGUUCAAAAGCGUUGAGUCUGUUCCCGUACGCGGUGACCAGUCACCUGCGCCGAAAAAUCUGGAAUCGGCAUCGUUGGACAUGCCUAAGGAAAAGUGCAAAAACAUUCAGCCUGGUCCCACGAGUGUUUGUCAUUCAUCUGCGGCAAAAGAUGCGGAAUCGGCAUCAGUAAAAGCGCCAGAAGAAAAGUCCAAAAGUGCUGAGCCUGACCGUUCCUGCUCGAGUCCGGCGAAAGAUGUGGAAUCGACGUCCAUCCUUGUAUUAAAAGAAGAACCUCAAGAAAACGUACCUGAUUCAGAUUGUACGAUUCCUUCAGCUUCGGCGAAGAUUGCAGAGCCGGCAUCUAUCGAUGCACCUGAAAAGGUAUGUUCUCCUUCGCUCUGUGUUUUUGCAUCCUUGUAA